UGCGAAAAUGCUUUGUACCGCGCUCGGAAUUGUGCUCGGUGUUCUGGUGGCGCUGUACGCGCUGUUCGAGCUGCACUACUUCCUGCGGAUGUGCCUUUGCGUACUGUCGGCGCGCUUUCUCAAGAAGCGGAUGCACAUUCUAGACACCAGCAGUGUUGUCGGGCUGUGCUUAACAAAUGACAUCGAUACAUUACUGUAUCAUAUGAACAAUGCGCGGUAUCUGCGAGAAAUAGACUUUGCUCGGGUGGAUUUCUACGAGCGGACCUCCCUCUACCGGACCAUAAGAAGUAAAGGUGGAUCGGUGGUCCAGGGUGCGACCACGAUAAGGUACCGGCGUUUCAUUCGUCCCUUUACACGCUUCACAAUUAGUUCGCGGAUCGUGUACUGGGACAACCAGUCGAUUUUCAUGGAGCACCGGUUCGUCGGUGGAACGGACGGUUUCAUCCACUGCAUCGCGCUCUGUCGCCAGCGGGUGAUGCAGUGCUCGGUGGACGACGUUAUGGCCACCCUGCUGAAGAGCGGUAUCGCGCUGCAGGGUGCGAUGGGUACCCCCAAGAAGCCUCCGCAAGCGACCAGCUCGACCGAGUAUCUGGAGCGGGCGGAAAAUGGUACCAGCGGGUCUGGUGGCCCGAACGUACUAGACUCGGCGAGCCUUUCCAAGCCCGACCUACCGCUCGAGGUGGCCAAGUGGCUCGAAUGGAACGAAAUCUCCAGUGCGUGUCUGCGCAGUGAAUGUUAGCUUUUCCCUCUGCCUUCCUCAUCGAAUGCCUUGGCAUCCGCCUUACAUUCCAGUAGCGUACCGGCCAAACGGUCACUGUCAGCUUUCGUGUUUUGCACAGCAGUCUCCAUGUAGGACAUGGUGACGAGCGCCCUCUACCAAAAGCAUCACAUAUUGUACGCGCUUUUCCCUCCUUUUGACCAAGAACUGCGCGUGUUUUCCUCACUUUCUCGCUCUACCUUCGCUGUCUCUAUUACUAUCUCCUAGAUCAGUCUAUAUCGUUGUUGAUCCUUCUCUGGUAGUUAACGAAUGAAAAUAAAAUCAAUGUCGGGUAGUA